GGAGCUACUCUUGCGCCGCCGCGCUCGCUGAUUGGCUCUCGUCGUGACUCUCCAAUAUGGCGGCGCCCAACUCUCAUCCAAACUGUGAGGACUUUGCUGAAUUCCAGGAAUUGCUCAGAGUGAUGAGAACAAUUGAUGACAGAAUAGUCCAUGAGUUAAAUACUACUGUUCCAACAUUAUCUUUUGUAGGAAAAAUUGAUGCUCGCCAAACUUGUAAAGAGCUUCACCAGUCGCUGUCAGAGGCUCAUGAAAGUAGAGACAGAAUAAUCAAAAGCUGUAUUGCCCAAACAUCUAAUGUAGUAAAGACUUUGCAAGAAGAGAGGAAGAAAUCUCUGGAAGACAUAACUUUAUUAAAAAGGCUCAGGAAAGAACAGACAAAGUUGAAAUUAAUGCAAUCAGAACUGAAUGUUGAAGAAGUGGUAAACGAUAGAAGCUGGAAGGUAUGGAGGUAUUUAAUGAACGCUGCAGAGCUCAUUAUAAACCACCGAAGAGUCAAUGAUAUAAGUGAGGGGAGAGUUUCCCCUGAUAGUGGACUUCAGUCAUGCCAAUAAACUGGAGAAGAAUCAUGGAGCAAGCUGCAAGGGACCUUUGGAAAACAUCUAAAUCUGUGGGAUUCAGUCUAAUGAAUGAUUUUGCUAAUUGGGAUUUGUACAAAAUUUGUACAAAAACGUCAGAAGGUUAAGAAUUUUUUAUUAAAAAAUCAGAAUUAU